AAAGUGGAUAACCUGAUAACCCUUUAACAGUUGGUCAUAUGAUAAGUUUUCUAGAGCAAUAACAAAUACCAAAACUUUGAUUAACCUAGCUUGUUUGUGAAGUGAAUAUCGAUUUUAGUUCUAUUGUAGUACAACAACUUAUAAGUUAUUAUUUGACCUCGUGAUUUGUUAAGAAUAUUGUGGAACUACGAAUGAUUUCUUUUUACAUUGAAACUAAAACGUUGUUUCAUUAUACAUAGGACUGAUAUUUGUAAAGAUAACUAUCUUUAAUCUCUUAAGUCUUCGUUUUUCAGUGAACUAACUGAAACUAACUGAAAAAUGGUAAGUAGCUGAUAUUUGAUAGUUUUAAUAGGUACGCGAAUAUUAUUUAUGAUACAUUGUUUCUGAAAUAAAUACAUUUUAUUUUUUUAGGAUUCCUUUUUGAUGAUUCAACGUAAGAAGCUAACCAUAUUUACUGAUGCCAAAGACAAUAUUUCGGUUCACGAACUCAAGAAAAUAAUAGCUUGUAUGUUGCUCACAUAUUUUUUAUACUUUUAUUCAUUCAUUAGGUCAUAGGCUUAAAAAGCCCAAAUAUUAGGGAUAACUCCAUAUAUUAUGUAUGCUUCUAAUGGCUAUAACAGUCAGACAACCAAGUUAGAUUGUUGACAACAUAUAUGUUAUCAAUAUCUGGUUUAUGGCAUGGAUAACAAUACUUGGCUGUUUUUACAAUGGGAUUAAUAUUGAUUAUGCUGCUUAUUAUUUGUUUGAUUUGAGGGGCUUGACUAAGUUUAGGGAGCUAGUUAUUUGUGCCUAUGCUUAAGGCUAUUUUAUAGUAGUCAUUUAUAAUUUAUGUAUGCUAUUCGUACAUAAUCAAUACUGUUGAUAUAAUUAAAGUGUAUCAAUGCAAUAUUUAUUUAUAUAUAUGUGUAAUCAACAUUUUCCUUAUAUGCUCAAUAUUUAGUAGAUAUUAUCAUUGUACAAAGUAGAUAAAUAAAUAAAAUUGGUGACUUAUACUUCACACAAAUUAGUAUCUCUAGCAAUGAUAGUUAUCACUAUAUAAAGUUGUUUUUAUUUUGAUUUUUUUUUUUGAUUUUUGUAUAGUAAUUAGUGAUGGGAUUUUUAACUCAAGUUCCUAGUUCAUUUCAUUAUGGCCCAGUUUUUCAAUCACAUUUAUUCGUUGAUAACACAAGUUAUUUGACAGAUAAGAAAAAAUUGAUAAUUUUCGGUUUACCAUGUCGGAAUAAACUAGUAAAGCUAUUUGAUGAAUAAAGUGCAGAAUAACUUAUUAUAUAGUUAUUACUAUAUAUUUUCUACCAAAUAAUAAUUUAUACGGCGAAUAAGUAUAUUUCAUAUUUUAAGCGUAAUUUGUGGCAUCUUUGGGCUAAAAUUUAAGUUAGGUUUCCAAUUACUCUGUUAUUUAAAACAAUGUAUAUUUUGUUUAUUUUAUACAUACUUGGUACUUACACAGCCUAUAGUACUUGAAUUGAAGUCUUAUGAAAUUUUUUACCAGCAAUUAUUUUUAUUUUUAGAUUGUUUUCCAAAAUAUUUCUAUUUGAGAAUAAGUACUUCAAUAAACAAAAUAAUUGUUGCUCUAAUCCUAUUCGAUGCCAUUGUUCAUUACAAUGUAUGAUAUAUUAAUACAAUAUGUUUAUAUUUGAAUUUUGGGCUGUAAAAUAUAAAUACAAUACAUUUUGUCGUAUACUUUUAUAAUUUAAUUAAGUAGGUGUAUCAUAAUAAUAUAUACUAAAUAGGUAUCUUAAUACCUAUUGUGUAAUGUAUUAAAUAUCUUCUAUUUCUCAUGCUUCCGAUAAUAUUGUUUUGUUAAACAUGAAAAAAGAAACUUAUUCCAAACAAAUACUAACGCAAAAUAUAUUAAAUUACUAAAUGAUUUGCAACAAUUGCAACGUGCUUGUACUACAUAAAACUAUUAUACAUUUAUAUCAUUCAAUAUCAGNAUCACAAGUUGCUGACCUACCUAUUUAAUUUAUCAUAACAUCACUUGUCAUUACACAAUAAUAGAAUUUCAUAUUAUGUAUAUUGUGGCAUAGCAGGCUAUAUAGGUGAAUUUUCGGACUGAUAACACACAUCCGUGAUUCGUGAAUUGUAUUGAACCAGCCGAUUCGUGAAUCAUUGUUUUAAAUCAGUGGUAGCACUGAGUCACUGAAUUAUACUACACUGAAUCAAUUCAUUCAGUUCACCUAAAAGAGCCAACUCACCACGAACUACCCACCUCUAAUAGUAAUAUAAUAGUUUAGAAAAACUGCUUAGUACCUUACAUUACCUUAAUCUUUGGCUCACCAAGUGAUUUUUUUUUUUAAAUUGGGUUACUGGAUAUAUUUGAUUUUAUAUUUCGGAGUAUUUAAACUGAUUGCUAACAAUAAAUUAAGCAAAAUCAUUUUUUAAAAAACUAUUGCAUACAAAUUUUAUAGCAGUUUUUAUAGUAUUUCUAAUAUCAGAUUAUAAAAUUAUCAUUUUUUCACUUUACAAGUUAUUAAAAAAUAUUUUCUUAUAUCCGUAUUUCAUUAUUUCAUCAAGUAUUAAUUAUUGUUUGAUGUUUUUGAAAAUUGUGUCUAAAAUAAAUGAAUAAUAUUAACAUACUAAUUUAGGUAUUAUUAAAGUACCCCCGGGAAAUCAACAACUGUACUAUAAAGAUGCGAUUAUGGACGAAACAAAAACUUUAUCUGAUUGUGGUCUUAGCUCCGGUAUUGCUAAGGCACAAAGUCCAGCUACUAUUGGAUUAGCAUUGAAGUAAAAUAUUUAAAAAUAAACCUGUGAAUUUACUGAUUAUUAAAAUUGUUUUGAAUUUAUAGGAUGGAAAGUGGAGAGUUUGAGCCGUUGGAGAUAACUGCAUACUCAUCACCUCCUGAAUUGCCGUAUGUUAUGAAAAACGUAGAAACUAAUGGCCAAGACCCACCUAUGUAAAUUAUAUAUUUGGUUUAUUUUGAACACAUAAUUAAUUAUUAAAGAUAAACUACAUAGGUAAAAUUAGCAUCUCAGUUAAAGAUUUAAGAAUUAUUUUAAAACUAAUUGGUAAUUGUAUUUUUUCUUUUAAAUAUAAUACUUUGUUUUAUAUUUUAUUUAUAUUCAAUAAACAUACAUUAAAUUUAAUAAUGGUUACAUGGGCUUUAAACAAAUUAAAUAACAUACCAAGUCAUUUAACUUUUUAAUUAAAACAUAUACAAUUAUAGCUAUGUAAAAGUAAUUCCCGUACAUUUUUAAGUUCAUUUUCUUAAUAUUAAUUAAAUUUAAACUUAAUUAUGUUUGAAUAUUAUUUGCUUAAGUAAUAAGUUUAAUUGUUCUUAGAUUAAAAUUAAUAUAAUAAUUAAGGUAUUUUAACGGUCAUUCUUAAAAUGUCUGAUUAGCGAUAACUAGUGGUUAAAUUUGCCACAAACCAAUACUUAACAAGUCAUUUUAAUAACUAUAUGUGUAUACUUUUUUAUUUACCAUAUUAUAUAUUCAGUUAAGUGGAACACUGAAAAUAAAAAUAGUUUAUUACUACUGCCUACAAUAGAGUGGUCCUUAUUUUUGAAUGUUAUAAUUUUUUGAUGCUGGACACCCCUAUAUUUUUCAUUACCAUGUAAAAGUAAUCUAUGAACUUCGGUCAUAAUAACUCACCUCUUAGCCUUCAAAAAAUCAAUUUUGCUUAUUACUUUAAAUAUAUUUUAUAAUUUUUCCUUAGAAAAACCAAUUAUACAGUAAACUGUAUAAUAAUAAAUUAUAUAGACAUUAAAAAGAACUACCAAAAGUCUUUUAUCAUUUUAUGAUCAGUGAUAUAGUAAAUAACUAUAUUAUUUGUGAAAAACCACAAAACUACCUUAUUUCCUUGUUUUUCAUGGAAAAAAGGUGAUUUAUCAUGACCAAAUUUUACACAGAUUACUUUUACAAGGUAAUGAAAAAAUAGGGGAGUCUAGCAUAAAAAAUAAAGACCACCCAGCCUACAAUUAUUAUCUAAAAACUGAAUUGUUUCAAUGUAUUGGAAAUUGGUAUUUAUUUACACUUCAAUUGUUUCGUUUUUCUAUUUGAUGUAUAUAAACACAAUUAUUAAUUAAAUAUGAAUACAUAAUAUUCUUUUUCAAGUAUUAAAUAAUAUUAACUAGAACCUAAUUUUAAUUCAAAUAAUAAUAAUCAACAGUUUCAAAAAUAAUUGUUCUAAGUGUAAAUUUAUAUCAUAAAAUGAGAUAAUAUUACCAAUUUUAAUUUAAUUAUUAUAGUUGUAUUAAUUCUUAGUUACUGAUAAUUAUUCACUUCUUAUUGAUUUCUCAUAAUUUUUUAUAAUUAAUCAAAAUGAAAAAUGUUUCAAGCAAGAUGUUUGUGUUGUAACCACACUCCAAGUAUAAAAUAUAAUAUCUGCACAUUUUUGAAUAUUUUUGAUUUUUUUUUUUUUUAAACAUUUAUGCAACAACAAUUUUUUUUUAUUUUUCUAAGGUACUGUCUAUCUAAUGAUUAAUAUCUCAAAAAUGUAUGUUUGACUUCCUUUAGUAAGUACUCAGGACUUAAUAGACAUAAAACAAAUAUUUUUUACUAAAAUUAAAGAUUAAAACAUUUACUAUUUCUUCAAAGCGGAAGAUUUUUUAUUUAUUUAAUAUACAAUUUUCUAUCAAGAUUAAAAAUAAGUUUUCUUUUUGAAAUUUGAAGUAUGAAUAGAUAACCUGGGAAAUACACAAAAAAAUCACCAUUUGAAAGCAUAAUACAUGUCUUUGAUUUGAAAAGUGUUUUUGUUUUAGGUCUAUAAAAUAAAAAAAAGAGAUAUUAGAUCCAGAGUACUAUUGGACAUAUGAAAACAUUUUCACUACAUUGCCCAUUAGAUAGAUAUAUGGUAUAUGUUACUAUGAAAACUUAAGAGAACAUAUUGAAUAGUUUGGUAUCAAUUCGUAAUUUGUGUUCUCAUUGGAAAAUUAAAUGGAUUUACAUAGCUAUGAUAUCUAUUUUAAAUGUUUAAGCUUUGAUAUUAUUUACACAUUUAUGGAGAGAAAGAAUCAAUAAAGAAAUCUUUUUUUUUAAUUAAUAAUGUGUAAAUUAGUUUUCUAUUAGAAAAAUGUUUAAUGUUAAACUAAACUAUAAAAAUAUAGGCUAAACAGGGAUAGUAUACUUUUAUUCAUACAUAUUUUUGGUUUCAUCAUCAAUUUUCUGCUACACAAUAAUAUAGGUACUUUCCCAUCAUUGUAAUACUAUUUUUAUUUAAUGAUUGAAGUAACAAAUAAUGUACAACUUAAUAUUAAAAUUAUAUUAUUUU